UCCACGACUAGACCAGCUCAGCAACACUCCACACCCCAGUAUGAGGUCUGGUGGAGGGGGUGGUGGGGUGAUGGAUGUGGGCCAAAAAGAAGAAAAUGAGAAGACGCGGCACUAUGCUGAGCUCGCAAAGCCAGGUGGUGGUGGUGGUGGCGGCCUCCACGCCACUAACGUCACCGUAUACCGGACCGGUGGCAGUGACCACCCUCAGCCCCUGCAGCCACAGCCCCUAUGCACUGCCCUCUAUGACUUCAACACCAGAGACUUGGACCCACAGGACUGCAAAGACUGCUUGACCUUCUGCAAGGGAGAUGUGAUAACAGUCCUGAAGCGAGUGGACGACAAGUGGAUCGAGGGGAUGUUAGGGGAUAAAGUGGGAAUAUUUCCCCUGCAAUUCGCAGAGCUGAACCCCGUGGCACGUCAGCUCCUGGACAGUCGGCGGAAAGAGGGCAUCGAAUCCACGACGACGACGCAGACGGAAUCAUCAUCAUUAUCAUCACGGCCCACCUUCGCCAGGAGGAGCAGUGGGCGCGAGCACAAACGUGGCAGCGUGAACGUAAACUCGACGAACGCGAGCACAAACGUCAAUGCGCACCUCGCAGCGCUCCGGCGUCACGCCUCCUUCUCGGCCGCGCACAGGACCACCUCUUCCAGCAGGCCCACCACCACCAGCACCACACACGUCAACCUCCUCAACAGCCUCAACAAGCCCCCAGCGGCAGUGCCUGUUCCUGGGCUAGCCUACGCACCACAGCCCCUGGUCCUGGUUUCGGCCCAGGCCCCGAAAGCGGCCCCUGCCGCCGCCCCCCUGGUUCCUGUUUCUGUCUCCAGUAGGCCUGUCCGGGCCCUCCAGGGCUCCUUCAAGCACCACCGAUCCAGCAGCUUACGCAGAAGCCUGCAUCAGACUGACAGGAAGAUGAACGGAGGAGAGUCCCAGUCGAGCACCAUCACCAUGGCGCUGAUUGACCCCCAGGAGCACGUAGACAAGACACACAACACUCAGCAGCUCUCCAUCAGCGUGUGUGCGGCGCUGUACUCGUAUAAGCCCCAGCACUCUGAGGAGUUGGAGCUGCGUAAGGGGGAGAUGGUGGGCGUCUAUGGCAAGUUCAAGGAGGGCUGGCUACGAGGCCUCUCGCUGCGCACGGGCAAAGUGGGCAUCCUCCCCAGCAACUACGUCACCCCUGUCCUCAGAACCUCUGCCAGGUUUGUUGAGUCCAAGACCAUCAAUCCCUCGUCCCUCACCAACAGCAGUAGCAGCAGCAGCAACGGGGCAGUGGGCACCGGCACUGGGAGGAGGCACGGGCAUGGGCACAGCACCCACACCCACACCCAGAAGCCUAGCGUGGGCAACUCUACCACCACCAUCAUGGAGCACCAGCAGCAGCACCAGCAGCACCACCAGCAGCAGGUCACUCUCACCGAUCCCAAUGGGGUGACCACGACCAUGGGCAUGGGACACGGGCUGCCCCAGCCAAUCACUCAGGUGUCCAUGGCGGGCCAGCAUACGGUGACGUCUCACAGCGGCAUGAGGAGCGGAGGGGGACACUCUGGGGCCAAGCACGGCUGGGACAUCGUCAGGCGCGCCUUUCAUUCCACACACAGAGGCCUAGUUCAGCGUGCCAGCCAUCGUUCCCACUCCCACUCCCACUCCCACCUGACUCCCAGCCUCCAGCCGCGCUCGUCUGGGCCGGACCUGGGCCAAAUCUACACGUACGGCCGCUCGCCCGUGCUGCCCAGGAAGAGGAACGGCCUCUUCUCCAACCACCACGGCGGCGCCAGGCAGCAGUGCUGGACCACCGAGACUCUGCCGCCACCUAGUGGUGGCUACCAGGCAUUUCACAGAGACCUUUUACCCCCAUCGUUACCGUUAUCAUCAGGGAACAACAACAACCACACGUCGUCAUCAUCAGGUCCCCUGCACUCCAUCCUAGUGAAGCCUGAGUCAAAGCACAACAUGGACAAGCCUGCGAAAAGCGUGCGGUUCCUCACCGAAGACCCGGCCCCCCCACCGCAGCUGUCCUCCUGGACCUCCUCCCUGCCCUCGUUUGGCCGCCAGCCUCAGUACUCCAGUGGCCCCCAAUCCAACACCACCACCACCACCACCACCACCACCCCCAUCAUGGAGCUGUGGAACCCCUCGGCCAUCCUGGGCCGCGACGGCAACAGCUCUGUGCUGAGAGACUUCAAGUCCAGCAGUAAUAACAACACCAUCCCGCUGAGGAAGGACACUGGGUUCGGCCACGCCUACGGAGACGGCUCCCCUUUCACACUCAAGUCCAGCGGGAGCCAGUCCAGUCCCAGCAGGCACCGGGUAGCCAUUGGCUAUUCCGCCAAGACUGACGCAGAGAUGAGCCUAUCAGAGGGGGACAUCGUUCUGGUCCAGAGGCCUCGGCAGGACGGACGCAUCCUGGUGACUCAAGAGAGCACAGGAAGAACUGGCCUCUUCCAGGGGACAGUGCUGGGCUGCCUGGACAAAAUAAUGUGACAUCAUCUGUCACUGUGCUAUACAUCAUUUAUACACACACAUACAAGACUCUAAAUUAAAACCAGCCAACUGGCGGCCCAAUGCUGGAGAAAUUUCAGUUUGGCCGGUAGAAAAUACCAACUUACUAGCCACUUGGACCCAUUAGUGAGCCUGUGUUUGGCUAAGAUUAACUUCUACAAGCCAUUUUGGCUAAUGACGAAAAAAGUUAAUUUAGGGCCCUGUACUAUACUGUACUAUGCUGUAUAUUGCCAGGGUGCAAUUUGUUCGAAAAACCAGAAGGGGGAGUUUCAUUCAGGAUUCAAGCAACACCAAUCGAGUUAAAGUUUCAAAAGUGGAGAUAUCCAAACCAGAAGGCCAUACCCUCCUACCGUACAAAUGGCACCCUGCACACUGCGUUGUUUUUUUCCCUUGAGGAAAUAUGCUGUACUACUUUAUGCACCCACUGCCAAAUGUCUAGAUUAUAAGCACAUGCUCUACUGUAUCUAUCAAUGCACUUCUGAUGCAUUAAUGUACUGUACAGUUUGAUGACCUGUUCUAAGGUACCAAGAAGCAAUAGCUAUGAGUUUCAGUGCACUGAGUGAGAGGCGUUUUACACAUGUAGAGAGAGAGAGAGAGAGAGAGAGAGAGAGAGAGAGAGAGAGAGAGGGCAUCAAACAGCGGUGCAGAUCCCUGUUUUGGGGGGACGGAGAUGGGACACCCCAAUAACCCCCCCACCUCCCAGACCCUAACUUAUUCAAAUUGCAACACUUUUUUUUCUUCGUCUGAAAAAACAAAACAAUGUUUUUGUCCCUCCCAGUCUGUCUCUUCUAUUCUGAAGUUUAUAACCAUCUUGGAAUUAAAUAGUCUGGGUAAAGAUAAGCCCCUGGUCCUGGCACACCGUCCCAUGGGCAGUUUAUUAUUAUUAUUCCCAAAGAAGACACAUGUAAUGCCUAUGACAUGCCUGUGCCUUCCAGGUGGCUUUGCAAAUGAGAUGCACACAUGCAAAUGGACGAGUUUGCCAAAACAGAGAUGUCAUGCUAAGUGACAUCUGCAAAACAAAAGAAAAAUGUAUUAACAUGAAUGGAAAAACAAACCCACAUUUGUGUUCCUCUGAAACUGUGGAGUGUUCUACCUAUUUUCUGGCUCAGAGGCCUGAAGUGGCCCUUUUCCCAUUGUGAGUCCAUCUGUUAUAGACCUGCUGUGUCCUGUGUUCACAUGUUCAGUGUUCACUAAUGUGAGUUGGACUAGGCUAUUUUAGUUGUGCAUUGUGAACAUGUGAACAUGGGCCAGCUUUGGUCAUCUGUGAGUGUGUGUGCUUAUUCUUUUUUCCGAACUUUUCUUUUCUUCUUUUUUAAAGGAGGAUGUGUGCUUUUGUUUUCCAGCUGAUAAAACCUGUGCAUUUAUGUUUGUGUUCGGAAAACAGUGAGUGUGAUUAAAAAUUACAGUUUAAGCUG